UGCCGGGGCGCAUCUCUCCGCCUGCCGGGCUGGGCACCGCCUCCCUCCUGCAGCCGGCGGACGGGGGACCCCGGCGAGGGGCCGGACCGGGGCGCGCUGCACCGCGGGGCCGGGCUCGGGCAUGUGCCCGCCGGGCAGCCGCGGCGCCAUCGCUCGCAGAGGAGAGAGCGGGGAAAAUGGCUGCAGGGGCUUGGGCGCAGGGACCCGUGACCUUUGAGGACGUCGCUGUCUAUUUCACCAAGGAGGAGUGGAGGAAACUGGCAGGAUGGCAGCGGGAGCUGUACCGCCACGUAAUGCUGGAGAACUACGAGCUGGUGGUCUCGCUGGGCUCUGCAAGCCCCAAACCUGAGCUCGUCUCUAAGCUGGAGCGAGGGGAAGAGCCGCAUGUCGGGGACAGCCAGGACCUACGAGUGAGGGAGAGCCCCAAAGGCCCUGUCCCAGCAGACCCUUCCAAGCGCCGGCUCUCAUGCUGCACGACCACAGUCAUUUCCAAGAGGAAGGAGCUCUCGCUGGCCGACCGGGUCAAACUGCUGCAGGCCCUGGAGUCGCCCUCCGCCUCCCUGUCCAGCGUGGCCAAGCUGUUUGGGAUCUCCAAGAGCCAGGCGGGCCGGAUCGGCCGCAGCCGGGAGCAGAUUCUGUCCGACUGGCGCACCAACGCCAACCCGCUGCGGAAGCGGAAGCGGGAGGGCAAGGGCGGGGAGGUGGAGGACGCGCUGUUCCUCUGGUUCCAGCAGGCCCUGGCCAGGGGGGAGAGGCUCUCGGGCCCGAUCCUGAAGGCCAAGGCCCAGGAGCUGGCCCUGCACUCAGGCCGGGAGUUCGAGGCCACGGACGGCUGGCUCUGCCGGUGGAAGACCCGCCACAACAUCGUCUUCAAGCGGCAGCAUGGCGAGAAGCAGGACGCGGACGUCGGCAGCGCCCAGAGCUGGGUGAGCGAGGUGCUGCCCUCCCUGCUGGCCGGCUACAGCGCCGAGAACAUCUUCAAUGCCGACGAGACCGGGCUGCUGUACCGCGGCUACCCCGACCGGGACCCGCCGCUCCUGGGCGGCAAGAAGGCCAAGGACCGCGUCUCCGUCCUCUGCUGCGCCAACCACGCCGGCACGGAGAAGAGGCGCCUGCUGGUGGUGGGCAAGAGCCGGCGGCCGCGGUGCCUGCCCAAGGACCUGCGCGCCCUGCCCGUCGCCUACGCCAACUCGGCCAACGCCUGGGUGACCGCGCACAUCUUCCAGGAGUGGGCGCUGCAGUGGGACCAGGAGCUGCGGCGCGACCGGCGCAAGGUCCUGCUCUUCUUGGCCCACAGCAGCGCUCACCCCCGCGAGCUACAGGCCAAGCUGCGUUACAUCAAGCUGGCCUUCUUCCCCCCCAACACCAGCAGCAUCACCCAGCCCAUGGACAUGGGUGUCAUCCGCAAUCUGAAGGGACACUACCGGGCGCUGGUGGCGGCCAAGGCCCUGCUGAGCCCGGAGCAGGGGCGGGCGGCUGAGAUCGCCGGGCGGGUCACGCUGCUGGACGCCGUUUACAUGCUGCACCAGGCGUGGAGCCUGGUCCGGCCGGCCACGGUACAGAGCUGCUUCCACAAGGCCGGCUUCCACCUGGUGCCCUUUGAGCGGGAGGAGCUGGACCUGCCGCCGCUGGCCGACGUGCCCCGGCCGCCCUUCAUGAGCGAGCAGGACUUCAGCGACUUCGUCGGCAUGGACGCGGAGGAGCCGGCCGUGGGCGAGAUGACCAGCGAGGAGUGUGCGCUGGCCCAGAGGAGCCAGUGGGCCGAGGCCGCCGAGUGCUCGGAGGAGGACGGGGACCUGGACCCGGGGAGCCGCGUCACCGCCGCCGAGGCCCUGGCCGGUCUCUCUGCCGCCAUGAAGUGGUGCCAGCUGCACGGCCUGGUGUACCACUGGGAGAGACUGCUGGAGACGGAGAGCGCCGUGCAAAUGGCCGCCGUGGCCGAGGCCAGCCAGAGCCGGGCCCCCAGCUGCUCCAGCUACGUGCCCGGCGUGGGGCUGCCGGCUCCACCCAGGCUGGGCUCGGCCCUGCUCUGACCCCUCUGACCCACACCCCACCCUUCCCUCCGGGGGGGCUCGGGCAGCAAGGCAGGGUGAGCCCAGUGCUGCAGGCUUCCGGAAGGGCCAGGGGUCCCCCAGGCCUCGGUGUCUAGACUGCGAGUAGAUCAGGCUGGGGGGGCAUUGGGGUUGGGGGUGUGGUAAAGAGGAGGGGGAAGGAGUGAGGACAGACAGCAUGGCGUGGGGGGGAGAGAGGGGGCUUCCCGUGGACUGGUCAUUCCCGGGGAACGGGUCUCUCUCCCCUCCCCCCCACAGGUAACCCAUUCCAGUGUUUCACCACCCUCCUAGUGAAAAAGUGUUUCCUAAUAUCCAACCUAGACCUCCCCCACUGCAACUUGAGACCAUUGCUCCUUGUUCUGUCAUCUGCCACCACUGAGAACAGUCUAGAUCCAUCCUCUUUGGAUCCCCCUUCAGGUAGUUGAAAGCAGCUAUCAAAUCCCCCCUCAUUCUUCUCUUCUGCAGACUAAACAAUCCCAGUUCCCUCAGCCUCUCCUCAUAAGUCAUGUGCUCCAGCUCCCUUCCUCCAGCCCCAAUAGGGUGGCCAGGCGCCCCAGGGAUGGGUCUCUCCCCUCCCCCAAUAGGAUGGCCCGGUGCUGGGUCUCUCCUAAUCAGAUGGUUUCCCCAGGCAGGUCUGUCCUUGGAGGAGAUUUCUUUGUGCCUGUGACUGGCUGGCCCUUCCCAUGCCCUUCAUGACUCCUCGCUGCUCCAUGGGGCGGCUGGUCCCUGGCCGGCGGGUUUAACCCCUCUGCCGGCGCUGGCCACGGGCCUUGUCCGGACACAGCUCCUGUCACGUGAUAGUGAGUCUACUCCAAGUGCUCCCUCUGCCUAGGGAACUGCUGGCAUCCCCUUGCCCCCCCGCCACCUGGCUCUGGCUCUGAGGGGCAGGGGUUGCCCUGUGGGAAGCUGUUUCUGCCCUUGGCAUCUCUCCUUCCUCUGCCCCAUGCCCGCACCGGUGCCAGGGCUCUGCUGGGAGUCCCACCACCCCCUGCAGCCCUGUCCCCGGGGCAUCCCACCCGCUGCCAGGGGCUCCCAGGCAUCGCCUGGCCAGUAGAACUGGGGCAAACAGCGGGCUCCAGCCCAGGCAGGAGGUCAGGGGCGGCUGCAGAUCUCAGCUGGGCUGGACCCUGGGGUGACGCUGCCCCCCGAGCUGUCUGGGAACGUCGGUUCCCGUGCGCAGGGUGGCGGGAGCUGCUGAUGCCCUUUGCAGGGUCCGGACGACUGAGGCCAGGCCCGGGCGGUGUCUGUGGUCUCAUUACAUGUCAUUAGAGCCACUAAACACUAUAGCCGUAGAGCAGCCGUGAACAGGCGUCCCUCGGUUCCCGGCCAGGCCGACAGAAAUCCCUGGGCAGUGGCAGGUCUCUGGUUGCAAGGGGACGUCGCAGCCCAGCCCGGGAGCUGGAGUCUUUCCCCCCCUAUGACCAGGCACCAGCAGCCUGGCUGGGCUGCGCUAAGCUGCUGGAUUCGGGAGCUGCCCGAGCGCUGUCUGUUGCGCUGACCUCUGCCUGGGCCGCGGCUCUGGGGGAUCUCGCGCUCUGAGAUGGCCGUGGAAAGGCAAGUUGGGCUGACUCCAAUCACCUUUGUCCUCAGUGGCAUCGCAGCCCUAGGCCAGGGGCUUUCAGGCUGCGGGCCGCGGCCCCCUGGGGGUCCUCAGACUGUCUAGGAUUUCCAAAGGGAGCUGCCCCUCCAGUCGAAACUUUGUAGGGUCUGCAAAUGGAAAGAAGGUUGAAAAGCCCUGAGCUAGGCUGACCUGGUUCCUAGCCCUGCCCGUAGCAAGCUGGGGCCAGAGGGGGGCAGGCUCGGCAGCACGUGGCCGGGACGUGUGUUCGGAGUCUUCAAGAGUGAAACCUGGUCUUAGAGCAGCAAACGCUCCAGUGCAGAGCAGACUGAGGUGCAUGGUGGCUACAGACACACGUUUAACCCUUUAUCUGCUGCUCCUCCGAUUAGAAACCUCCCGGUCCCGUGCAGCGAGGCUCCUGCUUCGGCUGGCUGUCCAUGGGGCAGGUUGGCCCCAAGGCGCAAGGCUGAGAGUGUUGACUGUAAAGUAAAAUAGUCGUCCAGUGAUUUGGACGUCGGGGCUGAUUGCUGCCGGCUCUCCCAGCGUGGAAGGAAACGGGAUGUCAGGGAUGUCCUUCCAGCCCUAUGGGACGCCUGCCUGGGGCUUUGAUCCUGUGCGGGAGGGGUGUGUGUGGGGGGGAGGAAUGUCGUUCAUCCUGCUAAUCUAAUUUAUCCAUUGACCCUUUCAUCUAGUGUUAAUAUGGCCCUCGUGUAGACUAGAAUGGCCCAAUCCCCGUUGCCUUGGCCAGAAUCCCCCGUGGAUUUCUGCCCCUCCUGGUUAUGCAGCAUGAGUCACUGGGAACAGGGGUGUUUGCCUCCGAGCCUGACGUGUGUGUGACUAGAAGAGAAACACGGAACUGUAACAGAGUGAAAUAAAGCGGAGCUGUUGGACACAGCCAGUGCGGGGUGUUGCAUUGCUCUCGUCGUAACUUGCUGCACCUUCCUGCUGAGGUGUCCUUGUAUUGCCUAGCCAAGAGCCCAUUGGCAGCUUGUACUAGGCCUGUGUCUUCACUUGGGUCUGAUCCUGCAAUGGGGCUGGCCCCCUACAACACUGCAGAGUCAGACCCAGAGCCUGUCGGCCGGUGAUGAGCACUAGCUGGGGAGGGCUCUGAGGUACUAGAGAGAAUUCUCUCCUAGGUGUCUGGCUCAUGGGUCUUGCCCACAUGCUCCAGGUCUAACUGAUCACAGUAUUUGGGGUCAGGAAGGAAUCUUCCCCCAGGUCAGAUUAGCAGACCCUAGGGGGGCUUCACCUUCCUCUGCAGCAUGGGUUAGUUUAAACCUGCAAGUGAACUUGAAGUCUCUCUAACUUGAAGUCUUUAAACGGUGAUUUGAGGGUGUCAGUAACUCAGCCAGAGGUUGGGGACUGUUACAGGAGUGGGUGGGUUCUGUGGCCUGCGACCUGGAGGAGGUUAGACAGAUGCUCACAAUUGUCCCUUCUGCCCGUGCAGUCGGAGAGCCGAGUGCAGGUCUGCGGCUGGCUUUGCAGUGGGCAGAGUUCAUGCUUUGGUUCAAUACCCGCUUUUCCUGAUCGCUCUCCAGCGCUUAGUGGGUUUCAUGUCUGUUUCUGUUUCCCGCCGACAUCCCACUGGGACCCUGUUGGCUUCAGCUACCUUCUGCUGGCAAGAGCCAGGCUGAGACUGGGCCUGUCCCAGCCUCCCAGGAUCGGGCCCCGGGGGGGGUGAUAUGCUCUGAUGGGGGGUUUUGCCUGUUGAGGCUUUUCUGGGGUUCAUUUACACUCAAAAGCCAAGAUGUGUGAGUGACUUUGGGUGCCUGAUUUCUGGGGGUGCCCCUCGCAGCCUGGUUCUCCGGGUUCUUCGCUGGCCCCCUCACCAUGCUGGCUAGGCACUACGGCUGCCCGCAACCAGCGAGACUCCCCUGUGGGGUGGAGAAGGGAGGUCCCUUUCCUCACGGCUCGGCUGUUUGCCAAAGAGGGGAACCUGCGACUUAGCGGCUGUUACAAGUGCACCCGCUGGUCACGGUCGGGGAGCUGGCAGAGACCUGCAGAGACGGAUCCCGGGGGGCAAGGGGAGCAGCUGCCCACGAGGCAGAAAACCAAACCUGAAUCAGCGCGUACACAUCCGUGGUGUUCGUUAUCCGCAUGGCGGCAGCAGGGCUGCUGCAACCUAGGGCGCUAGCAUUUAGGGGCGGCAUUUUCUUCGGCGGCGACCACGGCAGCCAGAUCUUCGGCUGCCCCGGUCAUCAUCGGCAUUUCAGCGGAGGGAGCUGGGGCAGGGGGUGCGGGGAGGGCCACCUGCAGCAAGUAAAGGGGGGAGGCAUGCAGGGGAACUGCUCCCCGCCCCAGCUCACCUCUGCUCUGCCUCCUCCCCUGAGCACACCGCCCCGCUCUGCUUCUCUCCCUCCCAGGCUUGCGGCACCAGACAGCUGAUUGGCGCCGCAAGCCUGGGAGGCGGGAGAAAUGGAGCGGCGACGGCGUGCUUGGGGAGGAGGCGGAGCAGAGGUGAGCUGGGGUGGGGGAGGGCUGCCACGGGGGGGUGCACCUCAGGGCAGAGGGGGGUCAGACAGCAGCCGGGGUGUGCCGAAGUGAGGUUUUUCACCUUACGUUGCAUGUGAGUCUUACUGUCCUAUACUAAUAUUGUGUGUGCCUCUUUCCCUGUGUGCUGCACCGAUGCCUGUGUGGUGGGAAUUGGGUGUGACCUUUGCUGAGGCCCUCGGGGAAAGUGGGGUGGCUCCAGUUGCCUGCAUGUAGGCGAUGGCCGGUGCCCUUCGUAACCUGAGACCAGGAGGGGAAUGUGACCAGGUCACACUUGGACGCAGGACAAAAAGCCUGGAGGGAGGCCAGGCAGCUGGGUCCCGGGCAGUCUGCGGGGGGGACUGGAGGGGGGAGGCCAGGGUGUCUGGGAUUCUCCACGAUGGACUUGGCUGAAAGUCACUGAUUUCUGUGCUAACAAGUUCUAUUCUACCCCAUGUUCCUGUCAACUAAUAAACCUUGGGUUUUAUGCUG